AUGGCAGAGGAAGUGAAAUGGCAACCCCCUCCUCCUAAUUCAGUUAAAAUUAACUGGGAUGCGGCGAUGAACCACACAAACAAAGUCAUUGGAUUGCGUAUUAUUGCAAGGGACGAGAGGGGAAAAUUUAUGGCAGCCUUUAGUAAACAACAGGAUAUUGAUACAGAACUAGUGGUAGCUGAAGCAAUGGCUGCUCUCCAUGCCAUCAUUUUAAGCCAGGAGAUGAAUUUCCAGAAUGUGGUGUUUGAAGGGGAUUCAUUACAGGUGGUGCAAGCGGUAAACUCGGUUUCUCAAUGUAAUAGCAUAUACGGGCACCUUAUAGAAGACAUUAAAGUAGGACUUAACAAGAUGGCCACGUCGAGUUUCACUCACGUUACCAGAGAUGCCAAUGGGGCUGCGCAUGCUCUAGCUGUUAUGGCUAGGAACCAUGUCACGGGUAUUGUAAAAUGGGAUUCUAUUCCACACAGUAUUUGUGGUAUUGUAAGCAGGGAGGAACUUAGUUCCACCUACUGA